AUGUCGCAGCUACGUCGCUGUGGUGUGUUAUUGCACGCAAGUUCCAAUGGCGCAUUACCGUCACUGUGCUUGCGCAAUGUAAUGGUGCGAUCACACACCACCUCCCAGUCUGAGGCUCAUGGAUGGCGAGACAGGCAAGCUGAGCUGCUCCAUGUCUGGAACAAGUUUCGCGCACCUGAUUCAUUGACAAGCUCCCCUUCCGACAACGUCUUGACUGGUUUUCUCGGAAAGCGACGCAACAUCGGAAAACACCUGUCUUUCGCUGACCUCACGACAACAUCAGGAGAAGUGAUCCAACUAUGCUCUCGCGCAGAGGGCGGCCCGGAAACGCAUGCGGAAUUCCGUCAAAUUCCGGCUUUUUCGCCCGUCGUCAUACGGGCGCAAGCAGCUUCCCCGACGCAGCCCACGAGUGAGACGCAGAACGAGCCAACAACCAAGCGGACCCUAUAUCUCCAGAGCAUAAGGGCACUCAACAAUGUGCCCAAAGAUCUCAUAGUCACUUCAGACGUACAGUUUCCUCAAACGAAACGACACCUUCAGAUUCGAUUCCAUCCGGAGCUCCAGGCUCGUCUCAGAUUCCGAUCUUGGCUCAAGGGCCAACUAAACCGGGGACUGCUUGAAAAGGGCUUUACCGACGUUGACACGCCGACCCUUUUCAAAUCCACCCCCGAGGGAGCCAGAGAGUUUCUGGUUCCAACAAGGCGACGCGGUACAGCGUAUGCGCUGAGUCAGAGUCCUCAACAAUAUAAGCAAGUGCUCAUGGCCAGUGGCAUCACGCGGUACAUGCAGUGGGCACGCUGCUAUAGAGACGAGGACUUGCGGACGGACAGACAGCCUGAAUUCUCCCAGCUGGAUAUGGAAUGGGCAUUUGCUGGUGCGGCUCAGGUGCAGCAGGACGUCAACGAUAUCAUACUAAACGCGCUAUCGCAACUCCAACCUUCAAAAACUUAUAAAGACGUUCGUGGGGAGAGAAUCCCGCUCGUUUCUAGUAUUUCCCACGGCCCCAUUCAGGCUGUUGAGCACCCUGCUCACACCAUUACGACGCUUACCUUUGCUGACAGCAUUGCUGCAUACGGAUCUGACAAGCCAGACUUGCGGAUACCGAAUAGAAUACAUGCAAUUGAAGACCUGGAGCCGUACCGCAACUUCGUUGGCAUGAUCACUCAUCUCCCCGAUCCUCAUGUCGAGGCCUUCACCUUUUCUCUGAAAGACUGUUCGCCUUCAGAAACUCGCAAAUUCAUCGUCAAGUUCAUGGACGAUUUGCCGCCAGCGUUGGCAGAUAAUCCCGACGGGAAGCCGCAGAUUCUCAUCCACGACUCGAGGCAACCCUUGUCGGGAUUCGCCUCACUCGGAUUCGGAUACGAGAGCGUUCUCGCUAAACUGUCUGGUGGAAAGGAGGUGAAGGACGGUGACGUGGUGGUUUUCCAAGCUAGGCAGAAACCCCGAGGUCAGUAUUGCUCGGGAUCUACCAAGAUUGGCGAAGUGAGAAGUGCGCUUUGGAAGGGGCUCGUUGAGGCAGGCCACAUGGACAAACCGAGACUUGGCGAUGCUGAUUCUCUGCGGUUCGUAUGGGUGACCGAGUUCCCCCUUUUCAAGCCGGUGCAAGAAGACGAGCCGGGCCAAGGUGGCGCAGCUGGAAUAUCAGCAGUCCAUCAUCCGUUCACGGCUCCGCUAUCAGCCAAGGAUCUGGAGGUCUUGUUCACGGAUCCGCUGCAAGCUCGCAGCGCCGCGUACGACUUGGUGCUCAACGGAGUGGAAAUCGGUGGAGGCAGUGAGCGUGUUCACGUCGCCGAUGUCCAGGAGUUCAUGAUGCGUGACGUGCUGAAAAUGACGGAUCAGAGAAUCAAGGACUUUUCACACUUGCUCGAUGCUCUCAGGUCCGGCUGCCCCCCACAUGCUGGUUUUGCUUUGGGGUUUGAUCGGCUGACGGCCUUGUUGACGGACACGCCAACGGUGCGAGACGUGAUUGCGUUUCCAAAGACGAUGAAGGGGGAGGAUCCAUUUGUACAAUCACCUAGCAAGGUGAGCAAUGAGCAACUUGCUCCCUAUGGCUUGCAACUCUGCGGAAAGUCGACGUAA